AGAACCGUUCUGGAUCAGGUUCGCUGUGCCGCAGGAUUGCCGCGCCGCGCGCCGCCCGCCGCGCGGACCGAUGCCGGGUUCGCUCACGCCCGAGGCCUGCCGCCGGGCCGAGGAAAUUGCGCGCGGCGCAUUCCUCGCGGCCCACGCGGCCUCGGGCCUGGCCGCGAGAGUCACCCGGGUGCGCCUUCUCCGCGCGGCCGAGGGCCUCCUGCGCGCGGCGGUGGCCGUGAUGCGCGGCCCCUGCGCGGCGCCUGCCGCGCCCGCCCCUGGCGCUGCGCCUCGGAGGCGGCGGCGGCGGCGGCGGCGCGGACGUGGCAAUCGUGCCGCUGGUGCAGCGGGCUCCGCCGUCGUGGGGGCGGCGGCCGAGAGCACGAAUGCGGAGGCUGGAGCUGCAGGUGGCUUAGUGGCGACGGCUGUUCUGGCAGUUGGCGGCGGCCGCGCGACGGCGAGGCAGCGUGCCCGCCCCCGCGCUAGGCCUGCUGUCGACCUUCCUGAUGCUGAUGCCCCCCCUGCUGAUGCUCGUGAGGGUCCGACAGCUGGGCCGACUUCGCAUUUCCCCGUCGCGGCGGCGGCGGCUGUGCUGGGAGGGCGGCGGCUGGCGGCUCGGCCCAUCCUGUGCCAGGGCGACCCGAGGCGGAACGCGAGCAGCUCCUGCAGGCUUCGUUGGCGUUGCCGCGGAGUUCCUCGGACUGCGACCCUGGCCAGGAGGCGGAGCUUCUCGAGGAGCUCACGCGCAAACUGGCUUCCAGAGGGCUGUGAUGCCCGCGGUGCAUGCGUGUAGCGGUCUGUUUAGUAGCUGCGCGCCUCUCGCUGAGCGCCUCCUUGAGGCCGGCAUGGGGUGGCUUCGGUGGACUCCCUCCGUUUGGGGGGGGCACGGCCAGGAGGGUGCCUUGCGUGGGCGCCCCUGGUGGCGCUGCAGACCUGGCCCCUUCCCUCUGCUCCGCCGCGCCCGCCUUCGCAGGUGGGUGCCCAGGGAAGGGAUUGCUUCUGGGGCCGCCUCAGCUGUCUUCACGACAAAAAAGGUCUCAGUGGCACCGCCGGCGUG